AUGGCUUCUCCACUGAAGAAGCUAAUCUCUAGCUUUCUACUUAUCUUCUCCUCCACCAUCAUCAUUGCCUCAUCAGAACCACCGUGUCGGCACUAUAAAUCAAUCAUCAGCUUCGGUGAUUCCAGCGCCGACACCGGAAAUUAUCUCCGUCUCUCCUCCGACGUCAAUCAUCCUCCUCAAGCCGCCUUUCUUCCUUACGGAGAAACCUUCUUCCAUUCUCCCGGCCAUUACUCCGACGGCCGUCUCAUCAUAGAUUUUAUCGCCGAGUUCUUGGGACUACCGUACGUACCACUUAACUUCGGAUCCCAAAACGUGAGCUUCGAAAAAGGGAUCAAUUUCGCGGUGUAUGGAGCAACAGCCUUGGAUCGUGCGUUUCUUGUCGAAAAAGGAAUCGAAUCUGAUUUCACCAAUGUUAGUUUAAGUGUUCAGCUUAACAUCUUCAAGCAGAUUUUACCUAACCUCUGCGCCUCUUCUUCUCGUGAUUGCAGAGAGAUGCUUGAAGACUCGCUGAUACUCAUGGGAGAGAUUGGAGUGAACGACUAUACUUACCCGUUUUUCGAAGGCAAAAGCUUCGAUAAAAUUAAAGAUCUAGUUCCUCUAGUCAUCAAGGCUAUAUCUUCUGCUAUUGUGAAUUUGAUCGAUUUGGGAGGCAAAACAUUCGUGGUGCCUGGAAGCUUUCCACUUGGAUGUAUCCCCGCAUAUCUUACUCUAUUUCAGACCGCGAAAGAAGAAGACUACGACCCUUUUACAGGUUGUCUCCCAUGGCUCAACGAAUUCGGAGAGCACCACAAUGAACAGCUUAAGACAGAACUUAAACGACUCCAACAACUCUACCCUCAUGCCAGCAUCAUUUACGCUGACCACUACAACUCUAUGUACCGGUUUUUCCGAGAACCAGCCAAACACGGGUUCAAGAACAGACCUUUGGGUGCUUCUUGUGGAGUUGGAGGUAAAUACAACUUCACUGUUAGUGAAGAUCAGUGUGGAUACAGAGGAGUUAGCUACUGUCCAAAUCCUUCUGAGUAUGUUCAUUGGGAUGGUUAUCAUUCAACCGAAGCCACGUACCGGAAGAUGGCUCAAGGUUUACUCAACGGUCCCUAUGCAACUCCUGCUUUCAACUGGUCUUGCCUUGGCUCUGGAUCAGCCGAUAAAUAG